CAAAGCCCUUUGCAACUGCUGUUGUUGCUGUGUAUUCAGUAACUAUGUCUUCAUUUGGGUAUCGGUCCGAAUGAAGACACUUACUACCAGCUAGCAAGCGUUUGUCAUCGUUGUCUUGCUAGCUGUGUCGUUGUCUAUUUUAGCUCAGUUAUUUAGCUACUUAAGCUACUGUACAGGGUACAGGCGCACCACUGAAAGAGUUUUUACGUCACGUUAGCUGGCGAGAUCGUGUUCUCUCUGUCUUGUAGGCUAGUAAUCGAGGUGGACAUCCAAGGAGUAAAAUAAUGCUUGAAUCCAUCAAAGUUACUGAGCGUUUGCACUGGCCAGAGCUGGAGCAGACUAAGAAGCAGGUGUUGUUGAGCCCGUCGGCACCGGAGAAGCCCCUGAGUCCCAGCCAGCUGUGCCUGGAGCGCCUGUCGUCCGGCAUGCUGAAGGACCUCCUGACCGCUGGCACCGGCAGCUUCACCGUGCUGCUGCAGAGCGAGGACGACGAGCGCCAGAGCCCCAAACACUCGCCCUACCGCCGGCCGCGGCGGGCCCCGCGAUGUGGCUCCGUGGCCGGGCCGGGGGUGCAGGGAGCGCCAGGGCGCGGAGAGAGGUGCCACCGCCCCACCACCGGCAGCACCGCCGCUGGAUCCCUGAUGCUGCUGUCUCCGGAGGGGUGCGGAGACGCACGGCAGAGCCAGGCCGUCUUCCAGACCGGCAGUGGUGGAGUGGGCCUCAGGUCCAGCCAGAGCAUCACGGUGUCGGGGAGUACCAUGGGCCUGUCCCCCCGUCCUGCUGUCCAGACCCGCAAGAGCUGCUCCCCGCGCGCCACCACCAAGCUGCCCCUGCUGGCCAAGAAUGGUAGUGCACGUGACGGGGAGAACUCCAUCAAGAGGCUGUGCAUACUGACCGCCAUCAAGCCCGCCAACGUGGAGAAGGAGAAGCUCAAGUUCUUCAAGUCCAACUACAGCUACAACCCACAGUUUGAGUACAGCAACCCCGUGUCCUCUCAGGUGAUCGCCAAACACAACAACGCCUCGGACCGCUUCCUCACGCAGGCGGUUCGGAUCAUGGAGCUGGCUUUGCUGAAGUAUGGCAACUAUGAGAAGUUUGAGCAGGCCACAGGGGGCAGUCUGUUGACCAAGAGUCGCAUCUGGUACCAGGUCAAGAGGUACAUGGAGAAGGAGGGAUGUCUGGGGGAGAUCGUGGUGCACCUGACUGAUGACCUGCUCUCCAGGGCGUCCAUGACAGUGGUCAACAGCAGGCCCACCCUGACCAUCAACAUGUCCACAGCACGAGAACACUGGCUGGAGGGCAUGCUACGGCACGAGAUAGGCACACACUACUUCCGGGGUAUCAACAACAGCCAGCAGCCGUGGGGCAGCAGCAGCGGCCGCAAGAAGCACAACCUACGACCUCUGAACCCUACGGAGGAGGGCCUGGCCAGCAUCCACAGCGUGCUGUUCCGGAAGGAUCCGACGCUGUGGCGCGCCGCGCUGCUCUACUACACCGUCUACCAGGCCAGCCGCAUGUCCUUCGCCCAGCUCUUCCAGGACCUCGGCCGCUUCGUGCAGGACCCCAACACGCGCUGGGACUACUGCGUGCGCGCCAAGAGGGGGCAGACCGACACCUCACAGCCAGGUUGCUUCAGUAAGGACCAGGUGUACCUGGACGGCAUCCUGAAGAUCCUCAGGCAUCGGGAAAAAAUUGACUUUCCACUGCUGAUGGCACUGGGCAAGGUGUCGUUUGAGGACGUGGAGAGGUUGCGAGGCCAGGCGGUGAUGGAGCACGUGCGGAUCCCCCACUUCCUGCAGGACCAGGCGCGCUACAGCGAGCAGCUGCUCAAGAUCAUGGAGGUCAACCAGCUGACCGACGACGAGCUCCGCUGCCUCAUCUGAGCGCGCUCACCAACGGCCCACGAUGCAGCCGACACCGGAACGCAUCUGGACCGGACCCGGGGACAAAUGUGGACCAAAUCAGCUGCUGCUAGAAGCCCCUACCCCCUAAUACACACACCUUCACCCCCACUGAGCAUGCUCCUUCAUGAGUGACACCUGCCCCCCUCCUUCACCUGUAGCCACCUCCCCCCUGUUCACCAAUCGUCACCAUGCAUGCUCAGAGACACAAGAACACCUCCUCUCUUUCUCU